UGAGCGCUACUGUCCUGCCGCUGAAGUUCAGCCCCAAAAAGUUUCAUGUCCCCAUCGAAGUACCUUUUCAGAGGACACUCUCCCACGUCUCUGAGCUCGUGUCUCGACCGGUGUCUGGACCCUUUUCCUUAUUCUGUAAUGAAGAGUGAGGUUGUUGGUUAGACUACGCGCCUCGUUUAGUGGCAAUUUCAUAUCAUAUUUACAAACCGAUAAGCUUUCCUCGCAGUUGUUUUAAAUAUGCGCUCCUGCACGACGCGUUAGCUUAAUAAAAGUGUGGGAAAAGCGCUUUCCAUCUCGGCCGUUCUCUGUUUGUAUGCAUGUGUGUGUGCGCGUGAUCGUGUGCAACAUAACCGGCUUAUUUACAUUAAAUACGCCACAAGGUUACAGUGCAGAUGAGCGUCAUUUUAUCACUCAUUACUUCUCUCUUAUACUGACUGAUGCUCGCUCCCUCCGCUCAUUUCACUGGACUUUUUCUCAAGACUUCAGAUAGUUUUCCCAAAAGCUGACAGUGUGCCCCGGUCCCUGGUAUCUCACAGAAUAAAGACUCAUCACUACUGUCAUCGCUUGUUGCUCCACAGACUCAGUGGCGGGGUGAGUCACGGUCUCUUCAACCUGACGGGCCCCGGAACAGUAUGCAUUUAGAGUGAUCAGGAUGGAGGACUCUAGUUUGUGCCUUGGUGUAUCCUCGGUGGUCUCUGAUGCUGACCCCCAUCUCAGCAACGCAGUGCUUAAUGGCCGCUAUCCAAUCAGUCAAAAACUGCACCAGCUAACUGCUCAGCUGGGUCAUGCCUUUCCUGAACUACAGAGUCGCCAGCAGAUCCCAGAGGAAAAGGCAGCCACCCCACUGGAUGAAAAAACCCACGCUGCCUUAGCUAGUCAGCCAAUCAGCAGUCAGAUGGCCUUGUUGGCCAACCAGCUUAACCGUGACAUGGAUGUGGGUGCCCUAAGUGGUCUCAAUGGCCGUGUUGAUUUGCAACAGUUUCUGAACGGGCAGAACUUGGGAAUCAUUUCCCAGAUGAAUGACAUAGAAGAUGAUGCCCGCAAGAACCGUAAAUACCCUUGUCCACUAUGCGGCAAACGAUUUCGCUUCAACAGCAUUCUGUCUCUUCAUAUGCGUACACACACUGGAGAGAAACCCUUCAAAUGCCCCUAUUGUGACCACCGAGCUGCUCAAAAAGGUAACCUGAAGAUCCACCUCCGUACCCAUAAGCUGGGAAAUCUUGGAAAGGGCCGUGGUCGCGUACGUGAGGAAAACCGGCUUCUUCAUGAACUAGAAGAGAGGGCCAUUCUACGUGAUAAGCAAAUGAGGGGCAGCCUGCUGCAGCCCUCACAACCUCUUCCACCACACAUGGGCAUUCAGAGUCACAACCAGCAACAGCCUGGCUCUGCAUGUGGCCUGCUUUCUCCCACCAACAUCGGAGGGUCACCUGAUGGAGUCACCCAGCCGUCUGCCUCGCCUAAGCCUGCAGAUGAGCAAACACUCAACCCAGCACAGGGGUUCCGAUGUACUUUCUGCAAGGGUAAAUUUAAGAAGCGUGAGGAGCUAGAGCGCCACAUUCGCAUUCUGCACAAACCCUACAAGUGCACCCUGUGUGAAUUUGCUGCUUCCCAGGAGGAGGACCUCAUCAGUCAUGUGGAGAAAACCCACAUCACAGCUGAAUCAGCUCAAGGGCAGGGCACAGGAGCUGGCGGUGGAGAAAAACCUGCCAAUGAAUUUCGCUGUGAGGUCUGUGGUCAGGUCUUUAGCCAAGCUUGGUUCCUUAAAGGCCACAUGAGGAAACACAAGGACUCCUUUGAACAUUGUUGCCAGAUCUGUGGACGUCGAUUCAAGGAGCCCUGGUUCCUGAAAAAUCACAUGAAGGUGCACCUCAAUAAACUGGCCAUCAAGAGCAAACCCACAGUUGGAGUUGAUGAAGAUAGACCCUCUAUUAACAGUAUGAGCAGCCUAGCUCAAGAAGCCCAUGCCAACCUGUACUCGCGCUACAUUUCUUGCCUGCAAAGUGGCUUCCUCACACCUGACAAACAAGGCCUAGCUGAACAACAACACCAGAUGCUGGCCAAGGCUGGUAUAGCCAUGAAGGAGAAGGAGAUGCUUGGAAAGCUCCUUAACCCAAUGGCCGGCAUGGGCCAUGGUUUUGGAGAAAAUGAGAAACGUUCACUCUUGGGUUGCCUUAACCUGGUACCUCCCCUGAAGUCAAGCUGUAUGGAGCGCCUGCAAGCCGCAGCUAAGGUGGCAGAGAUGGACCCCCUCAACAGCUACCAAGCAUGGCAAAUUAUGGCACGUGGAAUGGCCAUGGAGCGAUCCUUCAUGCCUAAAGAGCAGCACCAUGGGGUGCACGGACAAGAAGAUGAUCUUGCAAGUGCACCUGGCAUUGCCCCAUUUGUGAAAGACAAGCAUGAGCACCCAGCACUAGCCUCUAUUGAUGGUUCUAAGCAGAAGCAACAUCCUGAACUCCUCCAUGGAGUGAAGUCCAGUGGAGGCAUGAUGCCGUUAAAAGAUGAAGCUGUAAGCUUUGAUAGCCACCGUGAGUUCUUGUCUCACCAUGGGGGUUUAGGCCUCGGCCAAGGGCUUGAGUACAGCUUGGCCGGCCUUAAAGAAAAACCCACUGAGUGUCCUGACUGUGGCAGAGUCUUUAGAACCUACCACCAGAUGGUGGUCCACUCCCGGGUUCACAGCAAGGACCGUCGAUCCCUAGAGGACAGCUCCCAGCAUGGUCUGGACGAAAGGCGUGGCUCUGCCAGCGACCCCGAGUCUCAGUCCAUCAGCCGAUCCACCACCCCGGGCUCCUCCAAUGUUACAGAGGAAAGUGGUGCUGGAGGCGGACACUCCCAAACAGGCAGUGUGCAGGAUGACAGUCCCCACCCGUCUUCUCCAUCUUCAGAUGUUGGGGAGGAGAUGCCAAAGCCUGUGAGUGCUGUCCAGCCCCCCACUACCCAGCACCGGGAGAGGAGCGUGGGCUCCAGCAUGAAGGACUGCCCCUACUGUGGCAAAUCAUUUCGCACCUCCCACCAUCUGAAGGUUCAUCUAAGAAUACACACAGGUGAAAAGCCCUACAGGUGCCCUCAUUGUGACUAUGCAGGCACUCAAUCAGCUUCCCUGAAGUACCACCUGGAGCGCCAUCACCGUGAGCGACAAAAUGGAGGCGCUCCCUCUGCCAACCACCCUCCAUCCUCUGAACACAAGGAUGACCACAGCAAGAACACCAGUGGCAGUGGGGUCUUUGCUCGUCCUGAUGUCCUUCGUGGGGUCUUCAAGGGCAUGAUGCCGUCUGGUCUUGACUUCAGAGGGGGUCAAAUUCUCCCACACCAGUGGGCUCCACCAGGAAUGCUCUCUCCCAGAGAAAGAGAGCGUGAAAGGGAACGUGACCGUCAUGGACCAGGGGCAGAGCCCACCACAGAGAACAUGAAGAGUCCUGAAGGACCAAACACUGCAGGGGACAGUCCUGCCAGCUUCUCAGAUCUGAGCCGGGCCUACCAGAGUAUGGUGGGAAAUGGAGUCAACUUUCAGGGCUCUCUGCAAGCUUUCAUGGACAGCUUUGUUCUCAACUCCAUGAAGAAAGAUAAGGAAAUGAGAGAAAAUCAGCUGCAUGGCCAGCACUUUAGCCAAGAGAGUACCGAGGCCAAGACUAAAAGAACCACUGAGGGGAACCAAGAGGAGAAUUCCUCCGGUGAUGCCAAGCCAGCUGAAGGUGGCCGCUCCCAAUAUGAGCCUCUGGAUUUGUCGGUAAGACCUGAUGUAGGGUCCAUCCCUGGAGCAUCCCUCACAAUCCAGGACAAUGUCGCCUGGCAUGGCUGCCUCUUUUGCUCCUUCACCACUGCCUCUGUAGAGUUAAUGGCCCUCCACCUGCAAGCCAACCACCUUGGUAAAGGCAAGUGUGGCCCAAGCAAAGAUACCAAGGAACAUCUCUUGGGUGAGCCAUCUCAUGCUGGCAAAGCUACCAGCCUGGCUCCUCCAACACCAGGCCUUCUCCAUCACCACGAGGGAGCCCCGUCCAGUGACAGAGAGACAGAGUCUGGGGACUUGAAAGGACAAGCAGGCUGGUCCAACCAUCUGGAGCAGCCCCCGCAUGGAGCCUCCAUGGGAGCUUUCUCCAGUGACUUCUAUAAACCCUUUGGCCCUGUAUUUGAUGGCUCUGCGAGAGGGCCUGUUGGAUUCCUGGAACAGCAGCAAAUUCAGCACAAUGAUGUGGGUGGUCAGGGCCCUCUGGAUGACUCAUCUGACAAAGCAUCAUGCGGUGACAUAGAGGCAUCUGAGGAACGCGGUGGUCAGUCUGAGGAAGAUGAAAUGGCUCGUGACAAAUCCUUGCCCAACCCCACUGCCACAGAGCGACACAUGCAUUCAGAUGAAGAAGAGGAGGCAGAUGAAGAAGAGGAGAUGGAGAUGGGUGAUGCAGAGGAGGAGGACCGUGGAUUCAUGCAAAUGCUUCCUGGAUCUCCACUGUCAGGGAAGGACAUCCAAAGAUGCAAGCUGUCCAUGGGACACCAAAGCUCUGGUCUUUCUCAGCCUCCCACCCCUGAGAAGCAGUGGCAGCAGGCAGGUCUGGGUCUUCUCUCUCCUGGUGGUGUUCCUCCUGGCCUCGUAAAGCCUGAUCAGGCCCACCUGGAGCACCAGAUGAACAUGCUUUCUGUCCUGCGGGCCUACAGUUCAGAGAACCUCGCAGCAUUCAACGGAGGCCUAGGAAGCAGCUCUAAUGGGGGAGGCAGCAGCACCAGCAGCAGCAUGAAAAGAAAUGACCCCUCUGGUCACGGAGGUCAGAGGCCAUUCCAGUGCCAGUACUGCCCCUAUAGCGCUUCUCAAAAAGGCAACCUGAAGACCCAUGUUCUGUGCGUGCACCGCAUGCCCUUUGACAACAGCCAGUACCCAGACCGCCGCUUCAAACGUUCCCGCAUAGACUCAGAGGAUGGGAACCCUCUCUCUUUGGCACAUGGGACCACGGGAGAAGGUAUUUCUGGUGAUAUGCCUCACUCUUUUGAGUGAAACAUUAUAAAGCUUGAUACAGGGAUCUCUUAUGACCUUCAGCAGUUUGUAGUGGUAAUGUCAUUGUUGCUACAUCAAGUUAGUGGACACCAUGUCAAUCGAGUGUUAGCGCUGCAAAUGUCCAUAUGAAGAAUUGCCUACUACAGCUCUCAAAAACGACAUUGACUUUCAUUCUUUAAUUUGUGGAUGAAACCGAAUCAAUUCACUAAGGCCUCACUGGGUGUUUUGUGAAGCACGGGACAGAGAUGAUAAAGCAUACAAACCAAAUCCUGUUCUGAAACGUAAUACACUGUUUUUAUUGGAUCUGCCUGAAAUGAGUGCUGAAGGGACAUUACUGAAGAAAGAAAAAAAGGACUUUGUAAAAAAAAGACUGUCAUUAAAGUCCUCUGAGUGACUUUUGUCCCAAAAAUAAUGCUUUUAUCAGAAAAACGAUCCGCAGCAACGAUUCCUCGACAGUUGGAAGGGAAAGAAAGAUGGAGGGGAGAUGUUGAGCGCACCCUUCACGAACAUGACACCACCAGUGGCCAUUUGCCCACUGACGUGCAGGGAUGGAGUCAACGGACGGAGGGAUGAGGAUCGUAAAAAUGAUGGGGGGAUGGAGGGGGAGUUGGUGCCAGCCUGACUGGAGCUGUCAUCACAGAGGAAAUCAAUUCAACCCCCUCCCACCCUGCUUCCAUUCACCCCCCUCCCUCUUCCUCAUUUCACCUCUCCUCACUCUUUCAAAACACGUGAAGAGAAACCUUAGUCGCCCGUAUAGCCGGGCGAUGGAGGGGUCAGCCACAGACCUGUCUGAUGACUAGCAGCACUUCCCGUCAGCUUCCCUCGUUCCCUCUCGCUCCUCCUGUGACAAAAAUAAUGAUGGUCAAUAACAUUGUAUAAUAAUCACUGGUGUUUUUUUGUUUUUGUUUUUCAUUGUUGUGCAGUUUUAUGAUGUAAUUUGGGGCAACAACACAGUGGGGAAACACUAUACAUGUGCUUUAUUUCCAUUCUACACUUCUUAAUGACAAAGAAUAUUGGUUGGCCUUAAUGAAAGUGCUGCUUUUGUUCUGACUGGUGGAUGUUAGGUAAAGUGUACAGAUGUACAGGGAACUAUGUAGGGAGAGGCUGAAAAUGUUGUUUGUUUUGUGUAACGUGAAAAUAAUAUGUUGGGUUUAUUGACUACUGUACCUUCUUUGUAGAGCUCUUCAGAAAGCAGAAUUAUGAAAGCAAACUGUAGAUAUGAAGUAUAUAGAUAAUCACUUUUACUGCUACCUGUCUGUAAUCUUAACUUCAGACAUUUAUAGGUUUGUUGUUUUGUGUGUGUGUGUUUUUAACAUGGUUUCGUACAAGUUUUGAUUUGUUUUUAUGUUUAAAAAAGUCUUUUUUUAUCCACAUGGCCCCAUUUUUGUGUACUCGUUAUCCUGAAUGUUCCUCUACUGAAAGAGAUUAACAACGCAGGCAGUUUGGAUCGUAUGGAAUCAAGCCUCUUAAAGAGCCAAAUAAAGUGUAUCAUUGUAUUUCCUUUUAUUGAAGGGUUAGAAGGUAAAUAAGUAUGGUGCUUUUUCUUGCCCGUGAAGGGGGUUAGAGAUGCAUGGGUGGUGGGGGGUGGAUAUUAAUGUUUUGUGAUAAAUAGAAAUGAUCCGGACUUUAAGAAACUCAAUAUCCUCUCGCUCAGCACAGGGAAUUUCAGCAUUUAAACCCCAGGGCCUUAUGGCUGCUCUGCUCAAACCAGAGGGACUUUAGAGAACUCACAAAUACCCGCCACGCUUCUCACUACGCAGUAAAUAAAAACAUUAUCCCUUAUCAGAGCCCUAGGUUUCUCAAGAAACAAAGAUAGACUUAAAAAAACUAGCAGUGGUCUAGAGUUGUUGUUACAAGUUCUCCAUGUGACAGUUCUUUAAUAACCCAACCCAAAACCCAAGAAAAUACUUAUGUCUUUUAGUUUGAGUAUUUACAUUUUUUUUAAGGAUAGUUCUCACUGCCUUAAACCAAGUCGAUCAAUUAAAUGCAACUAUUUGUAUAAUCUCCGAAAGGGAUGAAAUGUUUUAAAGACAUACUUUGUGACUACAUUAAGCUUUAGAGGUUUCAACGCACUACUGUGUUUUCUGGUGCCUGUGGGUCGCUUGCUUUUCUUGUGUGUAUGUAUGUUAGUGUGCGCUCCCCAACCUAAGUAGAUUCGAGUUUAAAAAAAAUCAAAAGACAUUCCAUUCACCGCACUGUUUCUCUGCUUUUCAGUAUUGAUCGUUUUUGGAGAUCUGGCAAUAAUUCUGUUAUUGACACUGGAAGUUUUUUUUAUUUAUUUCAGUUCUUUUGUGGUUCUUUAUCCCCUUAGUUUAGGGGGUAAUCCCCAUAAAAAAAUAUAAAAAACUGUAAGCGAAUUAUGUCCAUUCAUACAGUUGCUUGCAUAUUUUAGAGCUCUACAAUAUUGUGCUUCUUCGGAAAAUAAAAAAUCAUGUCAGUUUUA